CUUUUUUCUGCAAAAAGCUGAACUGGGAGGAGUCUUUGCUGCUGUCGAAGGCUUCUGUCAAGCGAACCUGCCCGGACAAUCUUAUUUAACUUAAAACAUUUUAUAGUCGUGACUUCCGCGUUGAAGUUUGCCGGGUGUAUACUUUUCUCUUCAGAUUUACAUAGCAUCCACCUCCCUGAAUUUCUCCUGGUCUCCAUAGUGACAAGGGAGGAAGUUAAACCUACUUUCCCGUUUGUCUGGACAGAGAAACACUAUCUCACAAUGUCUGCUCCAGGUUACCCAUCCCCCAACCAGGCUCCAUACCCCAUACCCCAACCAGGCAGUUACUCCAUGAGCCCCUACCCUGUGCCACAGGGAGGUUAUGGUGAUCCGAGCCAUGCCCCCCCACCUGCAGGCUUCCACAUGGGCUACCCGCCCCAACCACAGCCUGGGCAGCCGAUCAUGUACCAGCCAGCAGGUCAUGGUCCCAUGCCCGAUUACAGAGGUCCAAACAUGGGUUCCCCUGGAGGCAUCUCCCCUGCUCCAGCUCUGGCUCCAGCUCCAGCAUCCGUUCCUGUCGGUGUGCCACCUGGGCUGGAGUACCUAACCCAGGUUGACCAGAUCCUUAUACACCAAAAGGUUGAGCUUCUGGAGGCAUUCAUUGGUUUUGAAACCAACAACCAAUAUGAGAUCAAGAACAGCUUGGGCCAGAAGAUCUACAAGGCCAAGGAGAAGAACGACUGCUGCACCAGGAACUGCUGUGGCGCCCUGCGCAGCUUCGACAUGAAGAUCAAAGACAACACGGACCGAGAGGUCAUCCGCCUCAUACGGCCCUACCGCUGUGCCUCCUGCUGGUGCCCCUGCUGCCUGCAAGAGCUUGAGGUGCAGGCUCCACCGGGCACCACCAUAGGCUAUGUGUCACAGGACUGGCACCCCUGUGUUCCCAACUUCUCCAUUCAAGGGGCCAACAGGGAAACCGUGAUGAAAUUGGAGGGGCCCUGCUUCGCCUGCAACUGCUGCAGCGACGUCAACUUUGAGUUGAAGGGGAAAGAUGGUGGCCAAUCGAUUGGUCGAAUCAGCAAGCAGUGGAGCGGUCUUCUGAAGGAGGUCUUCACCGACACAGAUAACUUUGGUAUCCAGUUCCCCCUCGAUAUGGAUGUGAAGAUGAAAGCCGUGCUCAUGGGAGCCUGUUUUCUCAUUGACUUCAUGUUCUUUGAGAAAGUGGGCGAAACAAACCAGCGUAAUACUGUUUUCUCGUAACAUGGAGAGAGAGAAGGAAAGUCAAUUCACUCUGUUUGUAUGUGUGUCGAGGCCAUUUUUCUGGAUGGAAAUCCUGCCCGUUUCCAAAGCAUUUUGGAAUUUGCCAUAUUGCCAGUCCUGGAGUUUUCAUUUUAUACCUACAAAACUGGAGGAUUUGUCUGAUGAUGAUCUGCAGUUUAGCCAAACACAGCCUCCAUGCAGUCUUCUACAUUUGUGUCAAUGGAGAAGUCAGCAACCAGAUUUUGGAUGUUUUUUAUACUGGGUUUCUAGUCCUUUCUAUGUAGUGUACUUGUCCAUGUAUUAUAUUAAGGGUUUCAUAUCUAUUAGAUACGUGUGGGGUUCACUUGACACUUAAGUAUUUAUUCUUCAGGUAAACCUGUCACAUGCAUCGUCAUUCAUUCUUCAACUAUUCAAGUGUGUAGAUUCAUUCUCAUUUGUCUUCUGAUGUGCCUCAUCUCACCCUUUAACUAAUUAUUCUAUGAUUAUCUAGUUCAUAUAUCAAAGAUAUUUAAGGGUUUACAUGUGCAAUAUUGUACUGUCAUAGCUGCCGUGUUUGUAGAAUUGCUAAUUACAUGGGUCUAUAUAUAUAUA